AUGAUCUUUGCAUGCAAGAAGUGCAAGAAGUGUUUCCGCAAGGACGCUGCCGAGUUCGAUGAGACUGACGAAUACUGCCCUCACUGUGAUAAUCACUUUGUCAUUGAGGCACGCGAGCCCGAGGCGCGACUACACGUGGAGGGUGAGGAUGCUCGUAUGGAUAGCCGUAUGCUUAAGGAUGAGCGUGUUGCGCGUGACAAGGAGCGCUCCCUCUUCAAUAUCAGAGAUGUGUCGGACCGCAUGGGCUAA